AUGAUCGACGAUAUAAUCAAAGGAGUUGAAGAUUAUUUAACUCCUAACAUUCCAGUCAAAUUAAUCAGUCAAGGUGCAGAAGCAUUAGUUUUCGAAACAAAUGUUCAUCCAUAUAAUCCUUAUACUACCGCUUCUAAUGCCUCAUAUAUUAUCAAAUAUAGACCUGCCAAGAAAUAUAGACAUCCAAGUAUAGAUCAAGCAUUAACAAAGCAUAGAACUCUAACUGAAGGUAGAUUAUUAUCCAAAUUAUCCAAUAUCCCCGGUAUCAAUGUACCGCAACUAAUUUGCUGCGACCCAUACAAUGGAUAUAUAUGGCAGGCAAAAGUUGGAUGUGUUCUACCCAAUGGCACAUUUAGUAAUUUAAAAAAUUAUUUAUGGUACCAAAAAAACAUAGAUCCAUUUGAUGAGGACAAAAUUGUAAAAGUUUUGGUUUCUGUCGGGAGACAAAUUGGUAUUUUACAUUGUAACGAUUAUGUACACGGCGAUUUAACAUCAUCAAAUAUUUUAUUGGAUAAUAAUACUUCAUCUGGAACAAAUAGUGCCAAUGAGUGGUCGCCCUAUUUGAUUGAUUUUGGUUUAAGCUCAUAUUCUACUAUGCCUGAAGAUAAAGGUGUGGAUUUGUACGUUUUAGAAAGAGCGAUUUUAAGCACACACUCUCUAUUUGCUGAGAAAUAUAACCAAUGGUUAUUACAAGGUUAUAAACAGGCAUAUUGUGAAAUGAGCCUGGGAAAGGAUGACAAGGAGCGUUACACCAAGUUAGAGCAAGUUUUAAAAAGAUUUGAGGAGGUUAGAUUAAGAGGCAGAAAGAGAAGUAUGAUUGGUUAA